AUGUCGCAACAACAAACAGGAACAAAGGGAUCAACAUCAUUCCGUGCCUUUUCUCUCUUUAAAAACUUUGCUGAAUACUUUAUUGAUGUUCCAAAGGAAUCUCACUUUUAUGAGAGAGGUGUUUUAACACCAGAAGAAUUUGAAAAGGCUGGUGAUUUAUUGGUUUCAAAAUGUCCAACUUGGUCUUGGUCUGCAGGAGAACCAUCAAAGAGAAAGGAUUAUCUUCCUGCCGACAAGCAAUUCCUCAUCACUCGUAACGUUCCUUGUUUGAAACGUUGCAGUGAAUUGAUCGAAAUGGCCAAGGACGAAGAACCAGUUGAAGAUGGCGAAUGGAUUGCUACUCAUAUUAAUCACACAAAGGAAAAGGAAAAGGAAGAAAUUGGAGAUAUUACUGGAGGAGUUGAUGAUCUUGUUAUUCACAGCGCUGAGGAUGAUGAGGAAGAUGAUGGUGAAGCCAUUGAUAUUGAUAAUUAUUCUGAUUCUGAACUUGAGGAUACAAUUAAAGACAAGGGAGCCCUUGAAGCCAAUAACGGUGACAGCAUUCUUCAAACCAGAACUUAUGAUUUUAGUAUUACUUAUGAUAAGUAUUAUCAAACUCCAAGAGUUUGGCUUUUUGGCUAUGAUGAACGUGGUGCUAAAUUGGAAUCUGAAAAAAUUCUUGAAGACAUUCAUGCUGAUUAUGGUAAUAAGACUGUCACUAUUGAACAACAUCCACAUUUAAAUACUCAAUGGGCCAGUAUUCACCCUUGCAGACAUGCUGAAGUCAUGAAGAAGAUGGUUGAUCGUUUAGUUGGAGGUGGUUCAGGCGAAAAGCAAUUCGUUAGAGUUGAUCUUUAUUUGUUCCUCUUCUUGAAGUUUAUUUCAUCUGUAAUACCAACCAUUGAAUAUGACUUUACCACUCAAGUCGAUUAA